AUGCCAAUCAACACCUCCUCCCAAGACAUCGGCGUAACGGGCGCCGCUAAAUUCGUCACAUCAACUCUGGGAAAUACGGUCGGCGGCGUUACUCGCACCGUUGGCGGUGUCACUGGUGCUGCGACGCGUGGUGUAGGCGAUACUAUUACUAGUGCUACUGGGAGUGCUGGGAAGCCUGUUGGUGAUGCGAUUGGGAGUGCCGGGACGGGGGUUGAGGAUGGGGCGAAGAGGGUUGCGAGGGGGGUGGAGGAUGCUGGGCAGUGGAGGUGA